AUGGCGUACAACAUUUACAAUGACGAGCUCACCUACGAUGUGACACAAGCGUUUGGAGAAUUUGUGCAUAGCGAAGAAACUCCUGCCUCUUCAGUCUCUAGCCAGCCGCUCCAAGCCGUUUCCACCGAAAGUCCUGCCCACCAUUCACCACCAUGGCCCCAAAAACUCCAGUUUCUUAGCCUAGACGAAUGGGAUGAACGGAACAGCUAUAACGAGGACGAGCCGAGCUGUCUGCAUUACUCGAUAGAAUGGAAGGUGCUGGUGAACAACAGAAAGAUCUCAGAUGAUACGGAGGAGGAUUUGGUGCUGGCACCCACCGCAUACUGGCAUGAGAUCCUCAAGCCCAAGCUGGAUAGGGUUCUGCAGAGGAAGGUAGCCCAGAACAGGAGCAUCAGAUGUGACGAUACUAGCAUCAUUGCGGCAGUAGUUCCGCGGACUCAACUCAAACUUACCAAAAGGUUUGAUGCUAUUGAUAUUGACUGGUCGGUGAUUGAGAAGAGACUCGUUGAAUGGGGAGAAUCACUCCGCCAUGGUAAGAAGCUGCGGAUAAGCAUAUCUUUUAGCUACGUGGAUUCUCGUCCACCGUCCAGCAUGACGAAGCAGGGAACAAAGCGAGGCUCAUCUGCUACGCAGCGAAUGCUCUCUGACCGUGCAGCACAGCUGGAUGCAGAAGAAGACAGUGACGGCCAUCCAUCUGUCUGGCGAGAGGUCUACGCUUUGAUGAAGUGCCCCGGCCCUCCCUGUGAUCUUGGCCCUCAUUGCUGGAUCAGCUCAAUCGGCAAGAAGCACUACAGACUGCGGACGCAUCAGCUCAGGGCGCUCAUCGAUUUUGUAGAGCAGGGUAACCCAUUACAGAGCCACGACGACGUCCCUGUUAAGAUCCAGGAGCAGCUUGUAGCAGAAGAACAGCAACGGCUCGCACGGCAAACAAAUGCUCCGGCUAACGCCCCCACGCCACUUCCACCCAUCAACAUCACAAACGUGCUGCCUUCUUCCCACCAGCCGUCCAUUGCUGGCUCAAUGGACUCUACCGACCAUCCAGUUCCUUACUUCUCAAACAUCACCCCGCUUGAUAUUCCAGGUUCUCGUGACGCAGCAGUUAAGAGGUACUGUCUAUGGCAGCAGUCGAAUUUGGAUGAUGAGGAGUGGAAGGAGGAUAUCCAAACAGCCUGUGGGGUAGCAAUACGAGAUAGGCUUGACCUUGAAAUGAUCCAUGCAGCUCAAGAGCCCGGCAUCUUCGGAAAGAGCGUGAGGCGAGGCGUAGCAUGGCGUUUCAUACACGACAUUCCAGUGUGGGUUAAGAGGGUGAAGCAAUCUCACAGUGUAGAGCUUGAUUAG